CCAGCCAGGCGUCACAGCAGCACCGACAAGAUGGCCGAGAGUACGGGACGAAAGUGAGGGAGCAAACAAAAACAGUGGCGAGCGCAGCCCUGCGGUAAACACCCCACCGGAGGCGGGACUCGGCGGCGGCCCGGCGCGGGACUCGGCGGCCCGGCCCGGUGCGGGACGGUGCGGGGAGGCGCGGAGCCUCGAGCUGCUGCUAACGGAACCUUCGUCAGGUCGUCUGCGCUGGCUAAGCUAGCACGCUAGCCAUGCUAGCUAGCUGAGUGGACGGACUUCCAGAAAGUGACAGCUCGGGACACCUACGUGUUAACAGUCGUUGCUCCUUAGUGACUUGUUAUUAUUAUUUUUUUUUUGUGGGGGAGCUGCGGCUCGUUGCAGCAGUUGGACGCCCUGCGGGACAUCCGGACUCCAAACAGCGGCUCGAGCUUAGCUAGCAGGCUAACAUUGCGGAUUUCUCGUGUGUUAGCAUUAGCAGACGCCCGUUAGCUGGCUCAGCUGUUUUUCGGGAGGGGGUGGGUUCGGGACCGGACUGUCUACCCUCCGCGUGCACGUACCUGAGGCGGCUGUCGGCACACCUGGGCGGCCAGGUGCGAGGCGGACUGGUCUGUGCGGACACCCCCCGCCCCCCCCGGCUGCUUCGCCAUGGCCCACUCUCCCGUCCAGGGGAACCUGCCGGGGAUGCAGAACGCCAGAGUGGACCCGGAGGAGCUGUUCACCAAGUUGGAGCGCAUCGGCAAGGGCUCUUUCGGCGAGGUGUUCAAAGGCAUCGACAAUCGCACGCAGAAAGUGGUGGCCAUCAAGAUCAUCGACCUGGAGGAGGCGGAGGACGAGAUUGAGGACAUCCAGCAGGAGAUCACGGUGCUGAGUCAGUGCGACAGCCCCUUUGUCACCAAGUACUACGGCUCCUACCUGAAGGACACAAAACUAUGGAUCAUCAUGGAGUACCUAGGUGGAGGCUCGGCCUUAGAUCUGAUGGAGCCCGGCGCUCUCGACGAAACCCAGAUCGCCACCAUCCUGAGAGAGAUCCUGAAGGGUUUGGAGUAUCUGCACUCCGAGAAGAAGAUCCACAGGGACAUUAAAGCUGCCAACGUGCUGCUGUCCGAGCAGGGAGAGGUGAAGCUGGCGGACUUCGGCGUGGCCGGCCAGCUCACCGACACCCAGAUCAAACGCAACACCUUUGUGGGCACGCCGUUCUGGAUGGCGCCCGAGGUCAUCAAACAGUCGGCCUACGACUCCAAGGCCGAUAUCUGGUCUCUGGGCAUCACGGCGAUCGAGCUGGCGAAAGGCGAGCCGCCGCACUCGGAGCUCCACCCCAUGAAGGUGUUAUUCCUCAUCCCAAAGAACAACCCGCCCACGCUUGAAGGCAACUACAGCAAGCCGCUGAAGGAGUUCGUGGAGGCCUGCCUCAACAAGGAGCCCAGUUUUCGGCCCACCGCCAAAGAGCUGCUCAAGCAUAAACUCAUCGUCCGACACGCCAAGAAGACGUCCUACCUGACGGAGCUGGUGGACAAGUACAAGCGGUGGAAGGCGGAGCAGUCCAGGACCACCGAGUCCAGCUCCGACGAGUCCGACUCGGAGCAGGACGGCCAGGCGUCGGGCGGGAACGACUUCGGCAGCGACGACUGGAUCUUCACCAUCCGGGAGAAAGAUCCCAAGAAGCUGCAGAACGGGGAGGGGCAGUCGGGGGCUUCAGACCAGACAAAAGACAUUCCAAAGAGGCCUUAUUCACAGAGCCUGGCCACAGUCAUCUCUCCUGCACUCGCUGAGCUGAAGGCGCGACAGGAGCAGGUGAACGGGAACCCCAUGGUCCUGGACGAGCUGCGGGAGGCCAUCCUGCUGGCCGAGGAGGCGUACCCCGGCAUCUCCGACUCGCUGGUGGCUCACAUGGUGCACAGGCUGCAGAGCUUCUCCACGGGCCGGACGUCGUCCUCCUCCUCCUUCCCGUAGAGCUGUGCUCCGCUCCGUGGCCCCGGCCCCGGCUCCCCCCAGGCCCUCGCCCCGCCGACGCCUGGGCAGACGGCGGCGAGUCGGACGUCUUUCAAUACCAGCUGACUGCAUUUUUAGACUCCCGUGUGGAGGAGGGGAGGAGGGGAGGGGGGGGCUGCUAUCGCUCGCCUGUACAAAUGACUGAACUCCACCGAGGAGGAACUCUGCAGAGCUCCAGUGAGGAGGAAGAGGGCGAGGCAGCGGACUGGCUCAUCAGACUGCGGACUUGCCUCGCUCCUCCAAAAUCGCCCCCUGAAUCCACAACAAGACUCCAGUCCCCCCCCCACCCCUCACCCUUCACUGCAGGCUGCAUAUCCCCACAACCUCUGACAGCAUGCUUGAUGAACCUGCAGGGACGCCGCGUCUGUGUGUGUAUGUGUGUGUGUGUGAGUGGAAGACUCCCCGUUUAGGCAAACUGCAGCAUUCUUAAUGAAACCUCAGGUAAAGUGCUUUAAGUGGACUUUGUCCUUGGAGGCAGUGGGGGGGGGGGGGGGGGUCGUCGCCAUGCUGUACAUGAGAGCAGGAGAGAAUCACUGUGUACAAAAUGGUCACGCGCAUUUUGUAGAUACCGACGGGAGUUUGGAGUUCGAGGGACGGACGGAAACAGAAGAUGCCUUCUUCUCCACGUGCACACGCUGCGGUUCUUCUUCUUCUCCUCCUCCUCCUUCUCGGUUUUUGCUUCGACACUCGUCAGUGUUUUCCGGCGGACGCCACCCCCCCCCCCCGGCGCCGAACCUCUCAUUUCAAUCACCUGCUGAACGGUGCGACUAACCCAUAACUAAAGCUCUGUAGGGGCUUGACCUUUUCUUCUCGUAGUGCGUCAGGUCGUGUAGGAUGAAGUUUAGGGAGGGGUCAGGCGGCGGAUCGUGUUCUCCACCGCCGCCGCCGCCGUCCUCAGUAGAACGUGGAAACAAGGGGAGGGGGAGGGGGGGAACGGCAAUCACAUGGCGAGACGUGGCCAAACAGGACGAAUCACCACCACCUGCUCUAGAAGUGCCAUGUCCUCUUUUACGCUCUCACCACAUAUUUGUAGUAUGAUUUGCACCUUUUUUUUUUUGUUAUUUAGUUUUUUCUAAUUUUCAGAUCCUUUUUUUUUUUUUUUUUUGCACUUUGAAAGUGUCAAGUAUUUAAAGAAGCCCGUACGAGGAGGAAAAAAACAAAAAAACAACAACCACCAACAACAACAACAAACCGUUACAAGUCGCUAAUAGCCAUGUUUUACUAUAUAUGUUUACUUAAGAGUUCCAGAAUUUACUACUGUGCUAAUGCAGCAAUAAUGUUGAGGAGUUGCAUCAAGACGCACUUAUCAACACAGGGAAUGGAGAGAAAUUAAGAAAUAUCUGAUAUUUUUAUAACUGCAAAGAGUUACAUAUGGAAAAUAUGGAAUGCUUUAUGGAUAUGGCAAAAAAAAAAAGAAGAAAAAAAUAUCUAUACCUUACAGAAAAAAAAAACAUGCUAUGGAAAUAACUACAAGAUGUGUACAUUUGGUCUUCUUUAUCAUAGCUGACAGUUUAUAGUACUGUAUAUAAUCUUUGCUUGUGUCAUUUGAGAAUUCCCGAGUUCAAUGUAAGCUCCUUGUAAGCUUUCAAAGUGACAUGAGAAAUAAAGAUCUAAUGCUAA